GUGAUGUUGGUUUCUGCUUAGCACAUUCCUGCCCAAAAUGGAAAAUCAAACAUUUGUCACAGAAUUCAUCAUCCUAGGAUUCUCCAUCAGCCCAAAGGUGCAAUUCUUCCUCUUUGGAUUGUUUUCCAUACUUUACAUUUUCUCUCUGAUUGGAAAUGCACUUACUUUUGUGUUAAUCUGGCUGGAUUCCAUUCUCCGUACCCCUAUGUAUUUCUUCUUGUGCCACCUCUCCAUACUGGACAUCUGCUAUGCUUCCAAUAAUGUCCCCCAUAUGCUGGGGAACCUCCUUCUCCAGAGGAAAACCAUCUCAUUUGCUGGAUGUGGGGUACAGAUAUAUUUCCACUUAGCUGCAGGCCUUACAGAAUGUGUAUUACUGGCAGUGAUGUCUUAUGAUCGGUAUGUGGCAAUAUGCCAACCCUUGCACUACACUCUCAUCAUGAACUGGAAAGUGUGCCUCAUACUGGUGGCAUGUUCAUGGGUCUCUGGGUUUCUGUGUGGUGCAUUACUAGUGAUUCUUACCGUAAAAUUGCCCUUCUGUGGCCCAAAUGAAGUGGACCACUUUUUCUGUGAACUGUUUGCAGUGUUAAAGCUGGCCUGUGCUGAUAUCACUGUCAACAAAAGUAUCACAUCUGCUCUGUCUGUGUUCUUUCUCCUGUUACCCUUCAUCUUAGUUCUUAUAUCCUACCUACACAUCCUAGUUGCCAUCCUGCGCACCUGCUCCGCUGAGGGACGGCACAAAAUCUUCUCUACCUGCAGCUCCCACCUGAGCGUGGUGGUGCUGUUCUAUGGAGCAACCAUCAUCAUGUACAUGGGACCAAGAAACAGCAAUUUAGCCAUUAGAGAGAAACUUCUCUUCCUCUUUUAUAGUUUCAUCAGUCCCAUACUGAACCCUCUGAUAUAUAGCUUGAGGAACAAACAGGUAAAGGGAGCCCUGGUGAAAGUUCUCAGAAGGGAAAAAUCCUAGCAUUCAA